UAAACCGCGAAAAUAUUCCGCCAAAAUAAUAUUAUUCGUUAAUGGAGUAUAUAUUCUGUCAUUAAUAAAAUUAAUAUUUUAAUUUAAAUAAUGGUUGUAACUCGUAAUAAAAAAGAAACGACAACUUUAACACCACCAAAACGUGUUCGACGCAAGAAAAGUAUUAAAAAACAAAAUGAAAAUAGUAACGAAGAAAUUUUAUGCAGUCCAUCGAAAAUACAGUGUACAACGAAUUCUCCAAUUUCACCAUCAACGUUAUUGAAUAAAUUAAUAUUAGAAGAACCAAAAAUUGAACCAAAACGACUAUUUACAGAUGUAAAACACGAAUAUAAGAAUCUUUUAAAAACUUUACAUAGUUCGAUUCCGAAUCAAAUGGUUGGUCGGGAUCAAGAAAUUCAAGAACUUAGUGAAUUUUUACAAUUGCAUAUCAAUGAUAAUAAGUCGGGAUCAGUUUAUAUUAGUGGACCACCUGGCACAGGAAAAACAGCUACAUUAAGUUAUAUUUUAAAAAAUUAUAAGUUUGAAAGAUCGUUCCAUGACAUUUAUUUGAAUUGUACUUCUAUUAAGUCAUCAAGUUCUAUUUUUUCACAUAUUGCGAUAUCCCUUAAGCUCAAAGUGAAUGGAAAGACUGAAAAAGAUUAUGUAAAUAGCUUAGAAAAACAUUUUUCAACAACUUCUACCCCAACUUUAUUGAUAUUGGAUGAAUUAGAUCAAUUAGAAAGCCGAAAACAAUCCGUAUUGUAUACAUUAUUCGAAUGGCCUGCAAGAUAUGUAAAUAGUGUAAUUCUCGUUGGUAUUGCAAACGCUUUAGAUUUGACUGAUCGUGUAUUACCCAGACUCCAAGCUCACACUAGUUUAAGACCAAAACUAAUGCAUUUUGCUCCAUAUAAAAAAGAACAAAUUGUUGAAAUAAUGAAACAACGUUUAACCGAAGCGAAUGUAUUAGAUUCAUUUGCACCGGUUGCAAUGCAAAUGUUAGCUGGUAAAGUUGCGGCAGUAUCGGGUGAUGCUAGACGUGCUUUAGAUAUAGGACGACGUGCUGUUGAAUUAGCUGAUCAACAACAUAAAAAAGUUUUACAACCAUUAGACUCAAAUUGUGAUAUAAUUCAUACAAAAAUUGAAUUAAAAGAUGUGAUGACUGUAUUGAAUAAUGUUUAUACCACAUCACAAUCGUUAAAUCAAACGAUUGAAGAAGGUUUUCCAUUACAACAAAAGAUUUUAUUAUGUUGUUUAAUUUUAAUUAUAAAAAAAGGUAAAAAUAAAAUUAUUACUGUUGGUAAAUUAUUUGAUGUUUAUCGAAAAGUUUGUGGUAAAAAGAAUAUUUUAGCUGUUGAUCAAUCAGAAUUUACUAGUUUAUUAACGUUAAUUGAAUCACGUGGUAUCCUUCGACUUAGUGGUAAAAAAGAUAAUAUUCGAUUACAAAAAAUCUGUUUAGAAUGGAAUGAAGAAGAUAUAUUUGCCAUUAUGAAAGAUAAAAAUUUAAUGUCAGAAAUAUUAAAUGACGUAUCUUGUUUAGUGUAAAACAAGAUUUAUUUUUUAAGUUUUAUAAUUUGUUUAUUUCGUUUUAAUAAUUUUUGUGGUCCACACGACUAUAAAUACAUUCAAUAUUUGGGAAUGUAAACUCAUUAUAAUUAAAAUCUUGAAUCUGAGAAAGAGACAAAAACCUCAGAACAAUCCGUUCACCUUCCACAAAUAAAAUUAAUACGAAUAUUAUUUUUACCCUCUGUAUGUUUACUACUUACCUGCUCAUGUACAUUGCUUAAUUCUAAAAAUAGCGAAGACUGAUGUAAACUCAAAUUUGCAAACAAAUGGGAAGUGACGAAAUUUGAUUUUGGAUUUUAUUUACUUCUAUGUAAUUGAUUAUCAUGAAACUAAUGUUAAUCAGAGAAUUCGAAACUAUGCAUCUAAAUAGAAAUACAAUCGCGAUCCAAAUUAAAAUAAUUUUUAAUCAACAUUAUUGAUAUCGGUUUGUGAUUUUGAUUUUCAAAUAAAAUAGUAUAAUUUAUUUAAUAUAUAAUUUAAGGUGAUAUUAUUCUCAUUCUUCCUUAAAAUAAAAUAACUAGUAAAGUUGUAAAUUUAUCUUCAAAAAAGAGCAAACAACCACCUCAAUUGUGCUAACUAGAUCCAGA